AAUAUAGCCGAAGUCAACAUCGCCAUCCCCACAAUGUUUUCCGUCCCUUUCCUCAUUCUGAACACUCCCCUCGUCUAAAAGCCUACCUCGCGCUCCGUCCGUGUAUUUUCUUACGUCCAUGUUCUACCCUAUCCACACAAAAUUCUCUUUCAAAGAAAAGUGAACAAGAACAGUUAGAAGCAGAAAUGAGUAGUGAACGUGAGCGAAACGAGUGUUCAAUUGUACAAUAAUUAUCAGUAUCAGUAAAGUAUAAGAUACAAUGCGGGAGCGGUCGUUUUGGUCGAAUUACAUUUAGCAACAUCCGAUAUAAGUACAUGGUGGCUAUGGUAUCUUUGCUUUAUGCAGUUUCACGUAACUGCUUCAACAAGCUAGUCAAAGAAUGUGUCUUCCGAGUGAUCAGUGUGUUCUUUUCUAUGAAUGUUUUUCUUUCACCAAGUCUUUAGAAGAUGUCUUACCGAAAUCAUUUCUAUAAACGAGAAGAAAAGCAGAUCUUAAUUCUCUUUGCACCAUCGUACUGCUACCAUCUGUGAUUACUUUAAAUACAAUAGCAUUUCUUCAAUGACGUCAGGGAAGCCAAUAAAAAGUCUACUGAUUUGAUUUCGACAGUCGACGGUUUGAUCAUUAGAAGAAUUACUCAGUGCCCAUGUUUGUGCGAGCUACGCACCGUGAUCACGCAGUCUCACUGCCAAAUAUGGCUAGCCGCGGUAUUCUUAGCACUGCUCGAGCGCCAACGACAGUGGACGAAGCGGCCCGACGAGUAUACCUUUCGUCGUCUUCGCCUUCGUCUUCUCGCCUUCAGUUUUGUCCCUUUCAUUUUUCUCUUUGUCGACAUUGUUGUUAUUGUCGUCAUCGUCAUUGGAGUUAUCGCAGUAAAGAUCGAAGUAGAAUGAAACUGUUUAGAAGUGAUAUACAAGGAACGCGGAAUACUGAGACACGAAACGUAAACGUAAAAGGCUAAACUAAUCCGAGUCACUGUUCGAGUUAUAGCUAAGCUGAUCAUAAAUUUGACGCGCAAUGUUAGUCAAAUCAAGCCACCGAAAAAUAGUGAAAUAAUAACAAUAAUAAAAAGAAUAAAAACAAAAAGAUCGAAAGAAAAAAUAUGAUUGAAAAAAAAAACAAUGACCGAUCAAUAUAAUAAGAUUAUGAAAAAUUGUAGAAUCGCCAGGUGGUUGUGAGAAAUGAAAUUCUUAGGCCAGCUGGCCUGAGAUAUGCCAGCAAUUACGAUAACGCCUCGACAAUCCUCAAGGCAGCCAUCGUUAUUGCUAUUAAACAACGAAACAGUGACGGCUGAACAGUGUCUCUCGUUAUCACCGUUGUCUUGGGGUUGUCGGGUCUACGUGACCCGACAUGUUCUGUUCGUGUCAGCGCUCGUCAACCCGCGGCCGAGCAGAGCGAUACACUGUCCGGAUCUGAACGCUUGCUUGGUGAACGAGUUACAUCUGGAAAGUAAUCCGGUAGACUGUCGAACUAUCCACUUUGGCUACGCGAUUCCGAUUAACGUGGUGCCGGUUUGCAACAGCCCCGAGCUGGUCGAACUUGUGGUUGAUCAAGAUUCAAGCGAGUUGAGCAGCCAGACGGUAAACUUCCUCAUCAAUCAUCAUCCGCAACUGCGUCAACGACGACGUUUCCAUGAAAAAAUGGCUGCUACGGCUAAACACGAUCUACGUCGGAAGUUCCCCGCGGACACUUCCAAUUCCGGAGAAGAGGACAUCGCCGCUAUUGCUAAGCAGAUUAGCGAUCAUGCGGAAGCAAUCUAUCAAACGUGGAAGAGUCGUGGAUUGGCGCCGACGGAAAUCUUGACCUGUCAUAGCAACGCGACUGCCGCCGACAAGUUUGGCAGCGCGUUGACACCUUGCAGUUCGUCCGGUAACAAUUCCGGAAGUAUUAGCGAUUGUUCUCAGACAGCGGUAGACAUACUGUCGCAAGCCCCGAAUUUGGAUAACGGCAACCUUGAGAAACUAGUCAACAACUUUGUGGUAGAAGAUAAAGCUAGAAUAGCAGCUUCUAAGCAACGGUCACCGUCGAAGCCGCUACCGUCUUCCAUACAAUUCGCUCUGCAAAAGUUCGAGAGGAGUUCUAUGCAGCAAACAACUGCUACGACUCCUACGAAGAACAACAUAACCGCAGCCGACACUUCCAAAAAAAUGUCUAAUUUGUUGUCAUCCACCUCACCGUUUACGAAUAAACCGUUGCAAACAGUGAUGAAAUCUCAAGUCUCCGCAAAGACGCCUGGUGCUCAUCACUGCGAAGUCUUCCUGGAAACAAUCGAAACCACUUUUCCGGCUGAUUUAACGCCUUCCAAGAGACAAGUGAGUCCGCAGAAAAGACCUACGAGUACGCUAAUUGCGUCUCCCACGAGUUCCUUGUUGGACAUCGACUCUUCUCAUUCGACGUCAACGAGUUCGGGUUUGUCAACGUGGCCGUUGAAGAACAAACUACACGAUGGCAAAAGAAUCGUGGAUUCGUCCCGCGCAGUUAAAACGUCGCAAGAAGACACCGCAAAAGACAAGAAAAAAUCAACAAUAACGUUGAGGUGCGCGUACUUGGACGAAGUAGCGCGAGAAGAAGAAAGACUGAUAAAUGCUCUGAAGACAGGCGUUGUCAUCACUGAGGAAGCGGAUAGAACGGAUUGUACGCGCAGCAAGCAGAAGCCGGCUAUUAAACGGGAAAAACCGAAGAUCGAUUCGAUCAAACAGAUCAUCAUCAGUGGUCGUAAUCAUCAAAGUGCCAACGCGACAGUAUCCAGUUCGCCCGUAUCCACUUUAACACCGAAUACGACAGUUAAUACUGACAGCGCUGCCACCACAGCUAUCGGUCGUGUUCCACUAGUCAAUGACUCAAAAUCGCUCAAUAAAGAUGAUUUUUCCAAUCUGUCGGCAGUGGAUUAUGCCAAAAUCAGGUAUCAAGCUGCUCAGCAGAGCCAACAGAAGGAACAACGAGCCUCUUUUGGUCAUCCGUAUAACGCCGGGUCGCAAACGGAGCAGCUGGUCUCCAGCGCAAAAAGCAAGUUCGAGAUGGAGAUACAAAGAGAUAAGAACAAGGAUAUGAAGGAGUUGGAUAGAGAUCCGGUGACCUCAAGAUGGGGACCAAGAAUUAACUCUUCGCGGCCGCGUCUGGAGCAAGCUGUGCCCCAUCCCGAGUUGACAAACCAACAGAAGCAACACAUAAGGGCCGCGGCGACGGGAACUGGCAACAACCCUAUCAGACCGUUCCUCACUAGAGGUUCCGUUGCGGAGCGUGUGCUUAUCUUUGAGAAGUGUCCGAGCGAGUUGCUAUUGGAUAAGCGCGGUCCGCGCCAACCAGCCAUUAACACGUGGAGAAGUGGCCACGAGGUGCAGAGUAAAGCUCAGACUUAUGCGAAAGAAAAAACUCAGCAAAAGAGUAUACCUCCACAUACAACUUUACAGAGACAAGUAAAAGCCAACAGAAAUGUUUACAUACCGAGGUUUUAUUUUCCCGGAGGAAAGCCUAUACCUAUCACGCAAAUGGAGACAACCGUAUCCAAGAUUACCGCAGCCUUUCAAAGUUUACCAAAUUACCGUGCUUUGCGCGCUCAAUUUCAUAUAAUCACUAAGGCUUGCGACUUGCCUUUGUAUUGGAAAGUUCCACUCUUUUUGGCGGCCAAUGGCGAGCAGAAAGGAUAUGUUGAGAUGAAUGCUUUCCUAGAAUUUUGGAAAGAAUUGAGUGCCACUCAUCACGAUGCAGCUAGUAAAUUUGUCAGAAUUAUUACUCGGGGAGUUCGAAAUCAUAUAUUUCCAGAAGACUUGAUCCCACUCGUACAAGAUGUAGUGGAAACGCACCCAGGAUUGACAUUUUUAAAAGAAGCUACUGAAUUCCAUUCUCGCUAUGUGCACACGGUGAUUGCUAGAAUAUUUUAUUGUGUAAACCGUAGUUGGAGCGGUAGAAUCUCGAUUGCGGAAUUAAGAAGAAGCAAUCUGUUGUCAGUGAUUGCUAUACUUGAACACGAGGAAGAUAUUAAUCAAGUUACUGCUUACUUUAGCUAUGAACACUUCUACGUAAUAUAUUGCAAAUUUUGGGAAUUGGAUCGUGAUCACGAUCUCUUUAUAGAUAAAAUGGAUCUGACGAGACACAAUGAUCAUGCUUUGUCAACUCGAAUGAUUGAGAGAAUAUUCAGCGGCGCCGUAACGAGAGGUAGUAGAGUAAAAAACAGCAAUGUGCAACAGCCGGAAGACAAGAUGAGUUAUACCGAAUUUGUAUGGUUUCUUCUCAGUGAGGAAGACAAAACUCAUCCAACGGCUAUUGAAUAUUGGUUUAGAUGCAUGGAUCUCGACGGAGAUGGUUAUUUGUCGAUGUACGAAUUGGAGUAUUUUUAUGAAGAGCAAUUACGUCGAAUGGAAGCGAUCGGUCUGGAAACGUUGCCCUUUGAAGAUUGUCUUUGUCAGAUGUUGGAUAUGAUUCACCCAGCAAUACCGGACAAGAUAUCCUUGAGUGAUUUGAAGAAAUGUAAAAUGACGUCCAUCUUCUUCGAUACUUUCUUCAAUCUGGAGAAAUAUCUGGAUCACGAGCAAAGAGAUCCGUUUGCUUCAACAAGAGAUCACGACGCUGACGGUCAUGAACUUUCGGACUGGGACCGAUUUGCAGCAGAAGAAUACGAAUUGUUAGUUGCUGAAGAAAGUGGAAAUGAACAACAAGAACAAAUUUUAUAUAAUGUUUCAUCGUGGGAAUUGUCACCAGAAGUGAACAUUUUAAUGGACAACUCGAUAGAUAUCAAAGAUGCGAAGUUAUUACUGAGUUCAUCGGACACUUGUGCGCACCAAGAAGCAGAGCAGCACGACGACAGUGACGACAGCGACGAUUACGCUGAUAGCGACAAUUAAUUUGUUGAGAAUGUAAAUAUUUCUUUGUGAGAGCUAUAUUAGUUAUGAAAACGAUAACGGUAACACAUUCAAGGAAAAAAAACUUGAUCAGAGUCUAUCAUUUUUUCAAGUUUUGAUAAGAUUUUCUGAAAAUUUUCUCUGAGAAUUUUGGAUCAAUUCUCAGAAAAAGACUAUAAAACUAUAAAUUCCCAGAGAAAAUUUCACACACAUUUUUUUUUCAAAAUUUUCUAGACAGUAAACACAUUAGCCCACUAGGAAUCUAUCUCUGCUGUCCCAUAACAAUGUGAUACGUAGAACAUUAUUCAACGUGCACGGAUUACUAUAUACUACAGAGUAAGCGAUGUUUAUUAUCGCAAUUGACGCUUUUAUGCGUUUGCGCAACGACAUCAGUUUGGAAUAUCUGCAGCCGAUUGCAUUUUUAUACGAGUAUAACAAGAUAAGUUGUUUUUUUAAAUAGUUUUAAUGUAAGUGACGAUAUAAUAAUGGACGUGCACACUUUGUAAAUAAGUUAUUUUAUAUAACACUUUUGUAGAGAUUAUACAAAACUUCUCUGUAAGGCUACAAUCAAGUGAAAAGAACAGCCCUUCAAGAAAGAUCUAUUAUAUAUUACAUAAUUACUUGUAUAUAAUAUCCAUUUUCAAUUAGUUAUCGCGACAGAAUUGUAGAGUAUAAAUUCUCGAAUGUUGGAGAGUUGACGAAACGAAUAAGGAAAGUUAUUUUCCUACUAAUUUUUACUUCUCUCACUGUAUGGAUGUUAUCUCGCCAUAUCAAUCUAUUUCUAAUAACUGUACAUGUAUAAACAUGCGUAUGUGUGAAAAUGUGUUACACAUACAAGUGUUUACACACAUUCUCUCUUAUUUAUAACAUUUCAAUAUAUUUCUAUAUAUUUGGUAAAAAUAAUGAUUAUAUAAAAUUAAAAUUAUUAUUUUACUUUCGUUUCCUAGUCAUACGUUUAUAUUAGUUUGGAACUACUCACGAGAUUAAACAUCGACACUGGGUACCAGUGAAGUUUGUUUAAGUCUCUAAUUUCUCCAAUUAUAUAGUGAUAUAUGUGCACAGUAUAUCACAUUUGAUUUUACUGGACAGUGAACCUUCUUGCUAUAAUUCUCUUCUUAUUAUAAUUAAAGUUUCUCGAUAUCUGAGCGCCAAGUCCGAUUUGACAGUAGCGAUGUCGAUCGUCAUGAAACUUGAUAAUAUGCAUAGAAAGCACGAGGUCUUUCACGUUACUAAUACUUUUUGCACUUAGAAUAAGAUAGAUAUCUAUGUUCAUACUUUGAUAAGAGAAAAAAAUAAAGUGCAAAACAAAGUCUAAAAAAUACAAACACGUGCAUGGGUCUGCGUGUCACGAGGCAGUCAGAAAUGGUCUGAAAACAUACCAAAAGCUUCGUGCGCUUUAUAUAAAAAGAAAAAUUUUAGCGACAAAUUAAGAAAGAAUUUGUUCAAAUGACGAAGCACGCUUGUAAGAGAUCGGAAACUUUGUUUAGAGUAUAAGUUGAUUUAACGUAAGAAACGCAAGAUCGAAGCAUGAUUCGGCAUAAUUGUUAAAAUAUCUGUGACAAGCCUACGUUCGCUUUCAUUGUGUGGAAAGCCUAGGUUUCAUUGGAAAAUCAAUAGAAAAGUUUUCGGUAUAUUUUAAUAAAAGAAAGAGUGUGCUCUUGAUUCAGUACAUGCGUUUAUAUAGAAGUGACCUUUUAUUUUUUACACAAAAUGCACGAAACUUUCGCGUAUUUUUCUCGCUUGUGAUAUCAUCAAUCCAAAAUUGCGGAAAUAUCGAGGAGCUUUAACGAAAACCAGAAUACCUACAAAUCUGAAUAAAUUACGUAAUGUUUAAGAUAUACUUCUAUUUAAUAUUGAAUUAUAAAUAUUGUAGCAAAUUAAUAUUCGUUAUCAGAUUAUUAUUAUAUACGUGCACGCAUGGUACGCAGAAUGUCUACCGUGGAAAAAAUUUUGAACAAGUCUCUGAUUAUUUGUAUUUAUAUUUGUGAACGAAGCUUAGCGCAAGUUUUUGUCACAAGUAAUUUCAAUAUAAAUCUUUUCUGCUUAUAGAAUGCCAAAAAUAUAUAUUAAACACAAUUUAAUCUCUUAUUUUACUUGAAAAGUACUGAAAAAGAAAUUACUACCUUUUUUCCAAAAGAUGAAAAGACAAAUUGUUUGGGUCAAUCUUAAGGUCAAAGGUUUUAAUAUAAAUUACUCUCUGAAAUAUUAAAACUCAGAGAAUUCUCUCAUUUUUUCAAAUAUUGCAAUCUUUGACAGUUUCAAAUUUUCCAAGUAGUAGAUAUUCGAGACGAGAUUUCAUUGAUAACUUUAGCAUUGAUAUAGUGUUAAUAAAUAUGUUAUUGUAUUCGUUGUUAUCUAUGUUGUUAUUGUAUAAAUUGAUACAUGUACGAAGUGAUAUUUAACGGUCAAACAGCCUUUAUGUUGCGUUUAUUAGACAAACUGUUGUCUGCCAUUUUAACACCUGUGUAUUUGUAAGAAUCAUUAUAAUUUAUCGUUAAGGCUCCUGGUUUUUUUAUUACAAUAUUGGGAACGAGAGAAAGCUAGUUAAUUAAAUGUCUUUCAUUUUAUAUUGCGUGAUAAAUUAAUUGUUUCGCGUUUUGUUGCAUCACCACUCGCAGAUUUUGCAAUAUAUAUGUCAAAUAUGUAUACUUUUGCCAGGAGUCUUAAAUAUUCACUAUAGUAACGACAAAAGUCUUUACAUGCACUCGUAUUGUUUAUUUACACACACACAAAAUGUAUUAUAUAUAAUAAAUAUUUUAUAUAUACUAUAUAUAAUAUUUA